GAGGCGUAAAUCAGAACUUGUUACAAGAAAUUAUUUACGUAUGAACAGCCAGUUUAUAGAUUGCUGGAAAUUACACUCCACAUACACAACGAUCUGCGAAGUAAUCUGUUCCGUCUGCCGAACAAGCAGUUCUGUUCAAAACUUUCCACGGCCAUUUCCUGUUUCAAAAUUUUCCAUUUUGGCCGCUCAACAGCAGCACUUUCUUACUCAGCACGGAGAGUGUGUGUUGCCAGGGAAAGGCUUUGAGCCAGAAAGGUUUGAGUUUUUUUGGUAUGGUUGGCUGUUGAAAUUGCUUGUAGUUCUACAGUUUUUGAAUGUGAGAAAUUGUUUAAUUAUCAUUUUAUUUUGGUUUUUGACUCAGUUCGACAUCUCUGACGUUAUGGCUUCGAAAGGUGGUCCUAUUGCACUUGGAACAGAUGGGACAGAUUUUGCCCACAGGCAAAGAAUUGCUGCACAAUAUCAAAUCAGUGCCAUUAACAAGUCACGCCUGAAGUACUGUAUUUUCUUCCACUACCUGCUGUUCUUUGCAAUGUUGGCGAAGCUGUCUGCAGACAUCCUGGACAGGCUGGACAUUUUCAUUUUAGAGAUAGAGGAGCUGCAGAUUCCAGAACCGCUGUGGUGGGAGUACGCGUGGUGCGCCAGCCUGCUGCUGUCCUUCCUGGGACUGGCGGCGGCCCGCCGGAACCAGGUCGGCACCAUGCAGAGGUACAUGGCGGGCAUCGUGGUGUUCGGCUUCUGCCCCGUGCUGUACGCCGCCGCCCGCUACUUCCCGGACCUGUGGGCCUACGUGUCGGACGACGACGACGCGGAGGAGGUGUUCAUCUGGCAGGGGUACCCGUACGCCCUGCUGUGGUACGCCUUCAUCAUCGUGGCGCUGCAGGUGCACUUCUUCUCGCUGUACUUCGCCUGGAACCUGGUGGUCGCCUGGAAGGCCCGGGGCUCCAAGAAGGCCAACUGAGGCCGCGUGUCGUCGUACGCUCGAAACACUUGCCCGCCCCCUUACCCACACACACACACACACACACACACGCCCGAGUGCCGUUUGGAAGGAACCGUGCCCUAGGUUUGCCGUCGUCGGAUGAUCCCCGGUGUGCUCUCGCUGCCUGCUCGGUCGAUCGGCUAUCCCCGGACUCCCGAGUCGUCUCGCCUGCUUGAUCUCGAGCAGUCUGCAGGCUUCUGUGUAAACACGCUGGCUCCGUUUUGCGUGUGUUCGUUUUUUUUCCCUUUUGAUGGACUUCCGAACUGAGUGUUCCGCAACAAGUCUCUCUUCAAACGCUCAUGUGUUUCCAUUCACUGAUAUUUUAGGAGUGAAAGUUAGUUUUUUUUUUUUUUUUCCAAACUGCCUAAUGAGUCACAUUUAAAGAAAUUUUCAAAAUAUUUGGUUGUAAACAAAAUAAAGCCUGUUUAGUAAAGUAGAGUAAAAAAAAGAUUAUUUGUAAAAAAAAAAUUUUUUUCUUUAAUUAUUCAAGGACAUUUCGAAUUUUUACCACAAUUUUUUUUUAGUUUUGACUAUUGAGUGCACAAAAUAAAGUUCAGCAGAGAAGCAUAACUACCUAGUGUAGGUUUUUGUUUAGAAAAUGUGUGCGAUUUGACCGAGAUGGAGUCGGUUUGUUUAUGUAGUCCUAGCUCAUGUCUGUCAUUCCUAAGCAGCUAACCAGAAAUGUUUUCAUUAAAUACUAGGGUUUACUCCGCGAAGCUUGUAAGUGUCGUGUUUGGUUGUAAAGAUUGGCUGUAAAAAAAAAUUUUACUGUUUGCUUUUGGCAAAAAAAAAACUUAGGUGUUCAGAGAAUUGGUGUUAAAGGUGUAGUGUUGAGUAUAAAGCAGUCUCCUAGGCUGGAUGUUUUAUCGAAGGAAAAAAAUAAAUAAAUAUUUUUGUAGGCUGUACUAGCCCCUGUUACAGCUAGCAAGACCAACUGCUAAAGAGAUUUUAAUAAUAUGAGUGUAUUUUUGUGUAAAUAGCAAUAAUUUUUUGGCCUAGUCUCUAUGGUAUUUUUGUAAGUAAACAUUCUAUAACACAAUUACAGGACUCAAAUUUUGUACGCUGUAAACCCAUUACGUGUGUAUGAAUAACAUGUAAUGGCAGUCAUGUGGUACUUAAAGAUGAUGUAACAUACCAUACAUCAGCAGGAAGAUAUUUUUAUUGUGAUUUGGUGAAUAAGAUGGCUUUUAUUUAUUUUUUUUGUGUGUACACACAUCAUUUUACUCUAAAACCUCAUUAUAAAGUACCUGACUUUCAAAGAUUACUCACUUAUAACAUAUAUGUAUUUUUAGAUCCAUACAAACUGUUUCACACUUCCAUUAAAAAGUGUUAAGACAGUAGGUUUUUCAAGUACGUUGUAAUGAGAUUUCCAUUUAAUUGGCUAAAUAACAACUUUGGGAUAGGCCUGAAAAAUCAUUUACAGAUUUUUUUUGUUAAUGAAUCAACUUUACUCAUGAAUGUUAUGAUACUUAAGAUAAGUGGUGUUCAUAGUUUAUAAAUAAAUUAUUUACCAUAUCCUAAA